GACGACAAACGGAACUAGCUGCAGCCAGAGCUUCGGCUGCCCGGCGCUGCUUUUCAGCAGCAGCAGCAGCAGCGGGAGCCAGGGCAGCAGCAGCAGCAGCAGCAGGAGCCAGGGCAGCAGCAGCAGCCACAGCAGCAGCAACAGAGGCGGAAGCAGCACUCUGGCUGAUGGGAUGAGUGCCCACCGCAACGCUGUUGCCGGGGAGAACGGCUCCCUGGCGCUGCUGCAGAUGCUGCUGCUCCCUGUACAGCCCCAGGAGCUGCUGCAGCACGAAGAUGACGAUCUUGACAGCAGCAGCAGCAGCACUGAUGCCGCGCCUCCAGCAGCAGCAGCAGCUGCUGCUGCUGCACAUGCUGCAGCAGAAGGAGCUGCGUCGUAUCACCACAAUGCCGCAGCCCCUUUGGACGCCCCUCAGCAGCAGCAACAGCAGAAGCAGCAGCAGCAUUUGCUGCAGCAGCAGCAGCUGCGGCUGAUUGGCCAAGGCCUCACUUCUGUCUCUGCUGCUCUUCUGCGGCUUCCCACUGGGGCCUCGCUGCAGCAGCUGCGAGUGCUGAGUCUCCACGCAAACUCCUUAGUCUCUCUCGAGGGAGUUGAGACGCUGGCAGGCCUCGAGGAGCUGCGGGUCUCUUCGAAUCUUUUGAGUCGCCUCGGCAGCCUGCAGCAGCUGCGGAGGCUGCGGCUGCUGGACGUAGCCUCCAACAGGAGUGUAGACGUGAAGCAGCUGAGCCUCGGGCUUGGCCGCAGGCUGCGUCCACGAGCAGCUCCUGCGACCAGGGCAGCAGCAGCAAUUGCAGCAGCAGACGCAGAGACUUAA